AUGUCCAGCAACUGUCCGUCAAUCUUUGUUUGCACCCCGAACAGGCCAACUCGGACCCAAUUGGACAUGCUUUGUGAUUCUACGACAUUGACCAUCGAACCACCUCUCUUCUCCACAAUCGACCCAUCAAGCAUCGCCAAGCUUGUGGAGACGAAAGACCUGAGGUGGCUUAGCGAGCAGGGUGGAGUUGAAGGGUUAGUUUCAGCUCUGGAAACUCAUGCAGAGAACGGGAUCCAAGGCAAUAGCACAGACAUUAACAACCGAUGCAGAGUCUUUGGUUCCAAUUUCUAUGGAGAGGACAAACCUGCAAAGAAAUUCUACCAUUUUGGAUUGGAAGCGCUUAAACAUCCCAUGAUUGUUAUCCUACUUGUUUGUGCUGUGCUCUCUCUUUGUUUCGACAUUAAAGAACAUGGCCCGAUAGAAGGAUGGUAUGGAGGAGUAUCCAAACUUGUUGCAAUUCUUAUAAUUGUGACGGUCUCUGCUGUAAGUAACUUUUGGCCACAUAGAUUGUGUCACAAGUUAUCUGAAGCUAGAAGUCAUAUCCCUCAGGUUGAUGUUGUGAGAAGCAGUCAGAGGCUGCGGAUAUCAUUACCCAGCAUUGUGGUUGGGGACAUAGUCGUCUUGAAGCCUGGAGACCAAGUUCUUGCUGACGGACUCUUCUUAAGAGGGUGCUCAUUACAGAGGGGAGCACCCAUCGUUGAUGUUUUGAAAGCUUUAGUGGGAAUUGUAGCUACUCCAGCCAUGGUUGCAGCAACCUCAGCUCCAGAAGGUCUGUUGUUGGCUGUCAAGAUUACUCUUGCUUAUUCAAUGAAGAGAAUGUUGAACGAUGAUAACGUUGUACUGAGGAGACCUUCAGUCUGUGAUGCAAUUGGAUCGGUUACCACCAUAUGCACCAACAUUACUGGCAGUCUAACGAUUGACUACGAAGAGGUAGAUAAGUUAUGGCUGGGUUUCAGCUACAUUGAACAACCUCUUGCCAAUUUGAUUGCACCAAAUGUUAUUGAAUUGCUUCACCGAGGAAUUGGUCUAAAUGCAACUCAGCCCCAUUCAAGGUCUUUCUUCCAAUCUCCCCAGAAUCCCACUGAAAAAGCAAUCUUCGAUUGGGCCAUUCGGCAAACGGGAAUGAACAUAGAUUCAUUGAGAAGAAGUUAUACCAUUCUUGAUAUUGAACCCUUCAACUCAGAGAAUAGACAAAACAGGGUUUUUAUCUGCAAGAAUGGCUAUAACGUGAUUCACGUGCACCGGAAAGGAGAUCCUAAGAUGAUAAUACCAUUGUGCUCUCACUAUUAUGAAACCACAGGAACUGUCAAAGUCAUUAAUCAAAAUGAAAGGGUGUUGCUGGAUCAAAUACUUGAAGACAUGUCAAAGAUUGGCCUCAGGUGCAUUGCUUUUGCACAUAGAGAAACACCAACACCAAAUAGUUGUCCUGAUCAACAACUGAUCUUAUUAAGCUUUGUUGGUCUAAAAAACUCGCUUAGAUAUGGAGUUGAAGAUGUUGUGAAAGAUUGCCGACGUGCUGGAGUGAACAUCAGGAUCAUCACAGAAAACAACAUUCAAACUGCCAGAGCUAUAGCCACGAAAUGUGGUAUAGUUGGGGCAAAUGAAAAGCCUGGAGAAGUAGCAGAAGGUGUGGAAUUUCAGAACUACACUCAAGAGGAGAGAAUGAAAAAAGUUCUCAACAUCUCUGUGAUGGCCAGAGCCAGCCCCCAAGAUAAAUUGCUUAUAGUGCAAUGCUUGAAACAGAAGGGCCAUGUUGUUGCAGUUGUUGGGUGUGGCAUCAGAGAUGUGCAGGCAUUGAGGGAGGCCGAUGUAGGACUAUGUCUUGGUACUCAAGGGGCUGAUAUAGCCAAGGCCUGCUCGGAUAUUGUCAUCCAGCAUGAAGAUCUGGCAUCUGUAAUCAACAUUUUGAGGUGGGGAAGAGGGAUUUUUGAAAGUGUGCAGAUAUACAUUCAGCUCCUACUCAUUGCUAGUUUUGUUGCUCUGGUGACCGACUUUGUGAUGGCUAUUUCAACCGGUGAACCCUCGAAUAUUGAUGCAAUGGCAUUGCUAUCAGUUGGUAAAGUCCCAUAUCCAACUCUUCAACUUAUGUGGGUGAAGCUGAUAAUGGAUACAUUGGUUGCUCUAGCUGUGACUAUUAAGCAGCCUGCUGAAGAGCUUGUGAACCGACCACCUCGGGGAAGGAAUGCACCUCUAAUGACCAACAUCAUGCUGGGGAACAUAAUGGUUCAAGCUUUAUAUCAGAUAGCCAUCCUCCUGACCAUACAUUUCAAGGGAAAAUCAAUCUUCAAUGUCAAUCCGAAUGCAAAAGGCACAAUGAUCCUCAAUACUUAG